AGAGGAACAAAUUAUUCUUUUACUUUCUCCUGUUGUUUUCAUUGUAAUAAUCUCAAAAUGAUGAAUAUAUUGUGAAAAAAGUCAAGAAUCAUCAAGCCUAUCAUUUCAAUAAUGCCUAACAACAGUGAAAUAUAUGAACUUGUGUGUUCUAACCUUCAAGUGCCACCAGAUAAUAAAGUAGUGAAAGCAAUAAUUGAAGUGAGCAGGACAGGCGAGCUGAACUUGUCCAGUCUGUCUUUCACAGUGCAAACUUGUAAUGUUUUGAGCAAAACACUUCCACAAAUAAAAGAUGUCGUUAAACUCAACCUUGGAGACUGCCUCUUACCACCACAGGGACUCACUGUGUUGCUAUCCACCAUCCACCUGACACAUGUUUCUUCCCUUCAACUACGAGGCAACAACAUCGCAGGCCCAGGUGUCUACAAAUUAAGCAAGAUGCUGUCACGGAGUGCUAACAUCAAGAAUCUAGGUUUGGAGUGGAACAGCUUGGGACUGUGUUCUGAGGCCUUGACUCAGUUCUGCAGUGCUGUAGCGACUAACCACAGUAUAGAGACGUUGGACCUUCGUAACAAUCAGCUGGACGAGGGUUGUGCAGCUCAGCUGGCCAACAUGUUGAGGAAAAACAUAACUCUCCGAGUUUUAGAUGUAAGAUGGAACUCAAUAGAGCAGCUGGGAGGCCAGUGCUUGUUGUCAGCUCUACAAGCCAACAAGACUCUCACCUCACUACGGCUGCAAGGCAACUCCAUCCCCAACCAACUCCUCACAGCCAUCGAACAAUGCUGCCAACACAACUUGAGUUUGCUGCAACUAGAGUCUGGGUACGAGGCUAGGAAGGAGCUGCUAGCCAGCCAUGUUCGAACACUAGCCACAAACAGGGCCCAUGAACUGCAGCUGAUGGCUAACAAAAGCCAACAACAGCUGAGUGAGAUGGACUCAAAAGUGAAGGAGUUGGAGGCUUUACUGGUGGCCAAACAGCAUCAACUUGAGGAAGCAUCAAGAGAGGCAAGUGAGAAAACGAGAGAGCUAAAAAUUGCUCACAAAGAGAUAGAGGACAUUCAACAGGAGAUCAAACUGAAGGAGAAUAACAUGGGUUCGACCAUUAGGGACUUCAGGCUGCAAAUAGACAUCCUUAAUAAGGCUCUAACUGCAAAUAAAAGCAAUGUGUCGGAGUUGGAGUCCAGUUUGGCUGAGGAACGCCAGCUGAGAGAAAAUGAAGAAAGAGACAGAGAGAGACUGCGAGAAAGAGUGAGAAGACUGGAGAUGGAAGUAGAGAGGAGCAAGGAAGAGCUUCAAACCAACAUUACAGAUCAUAUUGCUGCAGUUGAGCAAGAGCGGAGUCAGGCCCAGCAACGUGUGGCUCUGGUGGAGCAAGACUGGAGUAUGCGUCUGCAGCAGAGAGAGUCAGAGCACUGCAGGGCGGAGCAGGUGUACAGGGAGAGAGUGCAAACCUUACAAACUGCUCUGGAGUCAACCAACACUCAGACUGAGGUGGAGCGAACCAAGUGGGCAGAGGAGAGAGCUAGCAUCGUAGCCAAUGCCACAGCGAAAGAGUCGUACAAGAUGAUGUUGCUCACUGAGAAGGUAGAACAUUUGAAGGAAGAGAAAGCAAGUCUAGACAACCAGCUGUCCACAGCCAUCACCACCAACCAGCAACUACAGAGGGACAACUCCUCUCUCAUGGCCGACCUGGCAGACCUCCGGCGGAAACUCUCUGCUGUACAGGAGGAGCUGUCCAGUGAAAGAUUGAGCAUACAAAAACUGCGAUCAGGCCAAACAGAGCUGCAGAGGACAAUUGAAGGUUUGAGAGUGGAGAUAGCUGCAAACCAAAGGCGAGAAACUGAGUCGGCAACUACGCUAGAGGGACUGCGGAGGGAGAUACAGAGAGCAACUAAUACACUGGCUGACAAGGACCGUGUCAUUGCCAACAUCAGGAAGGAAGAAAAGGACCGAACAGCUAUAUUAGUAACUGCAAUAAAAACGUAUGUGAACCAAGUCAAUCUUUCAGGACAAUAA